AUGUCGUCGCGUAGGAACGCUAACCUCACCCCCGGUCAGUCAUCGAAGAAACGUGUGAAGAACCAUCUGAAGCAGCCCUUAAUGCGCGAGCGCACCGAGUCUCAUAUCAAAACGCUCGAGCAGUACCGAGGCCUCGCGUCACAAAAGCCCGCCCACUACCACCAGGCUGUUCUCUGGCACAACGAGCAACUCCAGUCAGGAAUAGAGAGCUCCGCCAAGGGUGCGAAUAUCAUACAACUUCCAUUUCAGUAA